UUAUUACUGCACCCAAAUCAACCAAAAUAGAAAUUGAAACAAAUGUAAAGGACUUUUUAAUCUCUAACAAAAAUAGAAUUAAUUCAACUUCUAUAGAAAUUACCCAGGCAGCUCUAACUGUAGAAAUUAUUAACACUAUUAGCAAUAUUGAAUUAGAACCUCAAGGCAAUCUCU